GAGGAGCCCCGGGAGGGAGAAAGGGAGGAGCCCGGGGGAGCUCUGGCCCUUUGCAACGCUUGGGCCUGGGGUCUUGGCCAAUACGUGGGCUUACAUCGCGGCCUGCUGGUGCCUUCGUGGCCUUCUCCCCGCUUCGAGGAUCCCGAAGUGCCCGUUGGCCAGGACUUUACGAAGACCUACUUUACAGAAUCCUUGUUUUCUCAUGAAACCUGAGUGCAAGAGUGAAAGCAUUCCUUGACUGAUGCAUCCUGACAUGUCAUUCGUUGUGUCGUUUUAUUUGAUCCAUUCAUCCGUUCUUUAAUGAAACAUGGGAGUCCGUGCUCCCGGCGCCGAGCUGAACAACGCUUGCCGCCCCAUUCUUGUGCCCUCUUUGAGAAAGGGCCUCACGGUGACCAAAUUGCCUCUGGACUGCUUCCUGACCAGGGGGGGAGAAUGGCUACGGCCCGGAGUCCUUGCAAUCCACAGAGCACCGUUGACUUGGGAGCCCAGUACAUCACCCGCACUCCCCAUUAUGCUAAAAAACACCAAAGUUUUUAUGAUGAACUGUUAGCUCACGGCAUUUUGAAACCUCUGACCUCUCCAAUUGAAGGGAUGGUAAUGAAAGAAGGAGACUGUAACUUUGUGGCACCUCAAGGACUUUCUUCAAUCGUUAAGCAUUACCUGGAAGAAUCAGGUGCCGAGGUCUCCUUCCGACACCGUGUGACCCAGAUCAACCUGAGAAAUGACAAGUGGGAAGUGUCCAAGGAAACAGGUUCCCCUGAGCGGUUUGACAUCGUUGUCCUCACGAUGCCGGUUCCGCAGAUUCUGCAGCUCCAAGGUGACAUCGCAAACUUAAUUAGUGAAUGCCAAAGGCAGCAACUGGAGUCUGUGUGCUACUCUUCUCGCUACGCCCUGGGCCUCUUUUAUGAAGCUGGCACGAAGAUUGAUGUCCCUUGGGCUGGACAGUACAUCACCAGUAAUCCCUGCACACGCUUCAUCUCCAUCGAUAAUAAGAAACGCAAUAUAGAGUCAUCAGAAGUGGGACCUUCCCUGGUGGUUCACACCACUGUCCCAUUUGCAGUCACAUACCUGGAGCACAGCACUGAGGACGUGCGGGAGCUAAUCUACCAGCAGCUGGAAAGCAUUUUGCCAGGUCUGCCUCAACCAGUUGUCACCAAAUGCCAGAAAUGGAGAUAUUCCCAGCUGUGUCCUCCUCAGGGAGUUGUCCAACUCAAUGUGAUUUUAAACAUCUGUCAGCUAAAUCAGAGCUCCAAAUUUAGCACUCGGGAACAUUAUGUGGAUUUGCGAUGCUCACUGGAGAACACUGGAUCCAUAAACCAAGCUCACAUGAGACAGCCGGGUGGUAUUCUGGUUGGCAAUUUCAUCUAUGACACAUUUAUUUUGCCUGCACAUUUAUGAACAUUAUGUAAAGGGAAAGAGUGACCAUUUCCCUGAAAACGGCUUUCGGAAUCGCCGCAAGAUCAAUACCAGCAUGGAAAGUCUCUGCACUGGGAACGCUGACUGUUUUCCUACCCAAUCACUCGCCUGCAAUUAAAAACUAUUCCCAACGGAGUCGUUUUGUAUGAAUUUUCUGAAACUGUAUUCUCCACCCUGAGCUGCCUUUCUGGUCCAACUACAACUUUCUUCCCCUGUGCCCAUCUUGGAGGGAGAUAAGCUUUGCGUAUAGUCAUGGCUCCAAGUGGCCAUCUUUGAAGAUCUCUAGGAUGCAGAAAAUCAUCCUUUUCCUCCACUGGGCUGACGUCCUGAAGAGAUGUGCUGUUGUUCAUGAGGACCACGAAGCAAGGCCUUUGCUCAGAGACUCCCUCUUGGCUGAGGCAAUACCCCUGAACGGCUGGCUAACAAUCCUUAGUGCACGUGGGGGUUUGUAACCCAUUCUGUCAGUUCCUGAGAUCAUGGUAUCCUUGAGGGGAAACAGGGGGUGGGGGAAACAGCCUUGCAAUUCAGUGUGAGUUCCCAACAGAUGAUUAACCACAGUAGACUAAAACUUGUGAAUUUCCUCUCCUUAGGUUAGUGCCAGAUCUCAUAGCUCCCAAAGUCCUCGGACAGAAUUAGUUACCCCUUCCUCUGAGCUCUGGAGAGAGCCGGUGUGCCUCUCAUCUGGUAUUGAUGCAUGGUAUCAUGAGGGAGGAUCUUCAAAUGCCACUGAGGUCUCUCAGGGGGCAGAAAUGGCGUUUGAUUUGUCCUGCAUGCUCAAGAUUAGGACAGGCCUGUAGACGGUGGCCAACUAACAUUUUAUAGAGAGACGGACUGGCACUAGUUUGAAUAGCCUAAGAAGGUACGGUCUAGAAGCAAGGAAAGGUGGUCCAGGCACAGGUGGCUGGCAAGAGAGCCCUUUACAGAGGUGCCCUGGAUAAUCCCAAACGGAUUAUGGACAUAUUUGGGCAACAGGCUCAACACUCACUUCUCUUGCUUUGGAGAGAGGGCAGUGCUCGAGGAGGCAGCCAGGGGCUAGGACAGCGAAGAAGUGUUGUCAUCUACACGGGGUUGUUCCAGGGGGCUGAGCAGGUCGUGGUUUCUACUUCAUGAUGUCUUCUCUUCGGCCCCUGAAGAUUAGAUUGGCUGAAAUUUAUUCCUGGAAGGCCUUGAUUUCUUCCCCCUACUUACGCCCACGUGAGGUAAUAAAUAGUUAAGACCAAAGACUGUAGUAGCAUCAGACAGACCAGGGUUCAAAUCCCAGGGCAGAAGUCGUUAAGGUGGAUUAUCCUAGAAAAAUGACUCAACAUCUCUGAGCUAACUCCUUAGGUAACGGGAGGGAUUAAGUGAGCCAGUGUGAGUCAAGUCUCUGGCGAAUGUUCAGCGUGGCCGCUCUUAUCAGCAUUACCGUAGGUAGUUUGGACUCUUUUAUGUGCAAGAGAUAAGAAUGAGCCAAAGCUGGCUUAACUGAAAAAUACAGGUGUGUGCCACGGACGUCGGGAGUGGGAAUGGACCUGGGCCCCACGGAGGCACCAUCCCGUCCACCUCUCUCCGCACAUAAGUGCGGGAAACCCCACCUCUCGGCUAACAUGUCGCAGGUUCAGCUACAAGAUAAGCCUUUCUCGUGGCUUUAAUGGCACACGUCUAGGGGAAAGGUUCAGGUAGACUCACCUUGAAUCUGGCGCUCGUCCUGCUCAUUCAGCUGUGGCAGGGGUUAGGCACAGGUGGGCACAAGGUCAUGGCUAUCCAGAGGUCCCCCACCCAGGCUCCCUUCAUUGGUGCGGAGGCUGGCAGAGGGGGAGGACUGUUGGCUUUGGGGGCAGGAGUUCCUGCUGAGAUGGGCCGAUGGUGCAGAAAUUACCUUCAAAGUAUCACAAGGAGGAAGAAUGGGACACUUAGAAAUGCGUGAAAUGUACUUCUCUCUGGAGAAAAGCCCACCCAAAUACUGCAAAUAGGUUAUAAUCAUAACUACACUCAUUUCCAAAGGUAAGGAUUUAUAGGGAGCAUAAAGAAAUUGUUUUUAUGUUAUGGCGAUGAUUUUUUAAUGCCCUUUGAUUUACUAACAAAGUUCUGUUUAACAUGGAAAGGCUCCUGCAAGGAUUAGUAACCGUGAGCCUUUGCCACCUAGCACCUUAGCAAGGAUUAGUUGACAGCUGGCUGAGGGCCAGGCCUCAGGGGACAGAUCCAGGCCUGGAGGAGAGGAGGCAGGGAGCAGAAAAGUGCCAAGGGCGCUGGAGGCAAGCUUCUUGUUCUUUGCAGCGUAUGGGUACUAAGCCCCUCUCUUCCUGGAAAGGCAGAAACCUGGCUCAGAAUUCUGAAGCCUCCAUCGCAUUUUCACAGAAUGUCAGUGAAUUUCAGGCCAGAGAAAGGGCAGCGGGCUACCCGUGAACUCCUUUGGUGAUAGGAAGGCAGCGGGGACAUUGGGAGAGGAUGCCACAAGCUUUUUCAGGGCAAAGCUGGCGCCGAUUUCCAAGGGCUGUGCGGACAUCGUGUAGAAACACGUCUAUAGAGACAGAGCCCAUGUGGAACUCUGUCCCCGGCUCCCACCUCUGGACACAGUGAGGGCGACCAGGGAGAAGUCUCUCCGUGUGGGCCCCUCUCCCUCCAGCCUGAAUGUCAGUGUGCUGCUUCUUUAGCCGUCGUUCCUUUCAGGGAUUGGGCAGGACAGAUGGUCACUGUCAUGUUAGAGCCAAAGCCUGAUGAGGCAACUUCGAGAGUAUCGUGGAAGCUUACCCCCUACCCGCAGAGACAGCCCGGAGCCCCCGGCCUGGCCGGGGACCGAGGCUCCAAAAUGCGGUGGGUAAAUCGCACGGGCAGCCUGGUCUGGAAAAGAGAAGUGUUUUUGAGCUCGCUCAAGUUGGCUGCCCCGAGACAUUGCCCAAACGUUUCCCUAAACGCUGCCUCUGUCUUCGACAAAGCUAUAGAAGGCCAAAGAAAAAUUCGGUGUGGCCCAAAGACUUUGGGUGAGUGUUCAGGGCCCACGUGUUGGAAGAGACCCUUCCCUUCUGCUGCCCCGGUGACUAUUGUCUGAACUGGAACCCAAAACACCACUAACUCGUGUGAUCUCAGCAGGGAUUAUCCACAGCCACAGGCUUCUGCGUCCCGUGACGUGUAGACCCGCAGAGUUAUUCAUGUCACACAUGCACGACAGAAACACGCUCUCGUGAGAGUAGUCAACUGGUCAAGCUAGGAGCUGAGCACAGAACGGUGACUUGAACUCAGUCCUGCCCCAAGGGGUCUACAGUCCAGACAGGGGGAAAGAUGCCUGAGGAACCAAGGCCAGCACAGGGGGGUAAAUAAAUGCUCGUAGGUCUAAGGACAGGGCCCUUGACCCAGUGGACGGAAUCUCAACAGCAUCUUAAAAUAUCAGAGAAGGAGUCUCAUAGCAAAAAGACCACAGCCCUGCAGGAAGGAGAGCACGCGGGCAGGCGAAGAUGGGGUCACAAAACUGCCGUCCCCGGACCCUCCAGCCGCAGCCCGGGACCCCCCUCUUCACACGAAGCCCGGCUUCGAGCCCAGUCCCCAGAGACAGAAGGUCUGGGCGUCUCUGUGGAAGGCUGGGCGGCGUGGGCAGUUGGACACGCAGAACUGAAAACAAAGGCUUUCCUUCCAGGAAUUAUUACAAAAUCUGACUCUCUGAUUGGCAGCUUGGAGGACUGUCCGAACUUUCUGUCAGAAGAGGUUCGUCAGGUCCCUCUGAAGAGCGUGUCACACAUAGAGGGCCUGCUGUGUGCGGGGUAGUGGGGAUGAGACAGAAAGGAGGUACAACAUGACAGAACAGAGCUGGGACAGGAGCUGGGGGUGCAGGAAAGAAGGAAGGGAAAUGCAGUGGAGCAGGAGGCCAGCCACGGGUUGACCAGGGGAACCCCCCCGCUGGCCGCUCUCUGGUCACUGGUCACCCGCAGUUGUGUCUCUGCAGACAUGCACGGGGGUGGGUAGACUUGGAAGAAGACGGUCCGUUCAGCAAAAUAAAGCAUUUCUGGGCAGUCGUCUCCGACACGCUUUGGGUGUGGGAUAAACGUUCUGUGGUGUGGCACUCCAUAGGGAGAGAGAAAGACUCCCUGGCUGGUGUCAGACACAUGAAAAAGCUUCACUGAAAUAUGAAGUGAAGGAAUCUUCAAACACAGGGGGUCCAGGGACUUCAGCUCCAUGAGCAUCUGCCCUAAGUCACAAGAAGAUGUCAGAAACCAGAUGCCGCUUGUGCGUGCGUGUGUGUGUGUGUGUGUGCACGAGGUGUGCGUGUGCCGGGGUUUGCAGUCCGAGACUUUUGAUGAAUUUCAGAUCUCGGUCCGUUCCCCGCCCCUGAUUCAAAAGUAGAGGACAGAGAUGUCAUCAGGUAGUUGCAUAACCAGCCAAUGCAUUCUAUACGAUUUGGAACCCCUUGCUUAUAGAAUUUUAGAGCUGGGGCCACAGAAAGGAAAUGAAGAGCCUGCCCAUCAUGAUGCUGGGCUUUGUGCUGGACAUGUUCACCAAGGUAAUAAAAUAAAAUGACUGUUUCAAAUAUCUCAUUUUAUUUUUAAUGUUUAUUGAUUUUUUUAAAUUUUUUUUAGCGUUUAUUUAUUUUUGAGACAGAGUCAGAGCAUGAACAGGGGAGGGGCAGAGAGAGAGGGAGACACAGAAUCUGAAACAGGCUCCAGGCUCUGAGCAGUCAGCACAGAGCCCGACGCGGGGCUCGAACUCACGGACCAUGAGAUCGUGACCUGAGCCGAAGUCGGACGCUUAACCGACCGAGCCACCCAGGCGCCCCAACGUUUAUUGAUUUU